UUCGAGCCACUAACCGUAAAGCUCGGAUUCAAACUUUCCAAGCGCGUUAGUAACCAGAUUCUAUUACUAGUGAACUAAAUCCAAUUGUAACCUUAGAAAACCGAAUAAAUUUCAGUAAACCGAUCCAUAAACCAAAUUGGAAAAAAAUAAUUUCCCUGUUUAACAGGUGUUGAAAUAUUGCUGAACAAAAACGAAGCGAGCACCCUUUAAAAUGCCUUCAAUUUCUCUGGCGCCAUUGAUUUAGUCUUCUCUCUGUGACUACAAAGUACCCAUUCGUUGAAACCAUUUUCUUCCCAUUUUCGAUUUCUGUCAAAAUCCAACGACCUCCACAAUCUCCCAAAAACUCUUUCUUGAGUAAGUUUCUUGAUCUUAAAAAAAAACAAACCAUCUCAAAGAAUGGCACGACAUGAUCCUAAUCCAUUUGCUGAUGAAGAGAUCAAUCCUUUUGCGAAUAAUACAAGUGUACCUCCUGCGAGCAACUCUCAUCUCAAGCCACUUCCACCGGAACCUUAUGAUCGUGGUGCAACCAUUGAUAUCCCUUUGGAUUCUGGCAAUGAUCUUCGAGCUAAAGAGAUGGAACUUCAGGCUAAGGAGAACGAAUUGAAGCGGAAAGAGCAGGAGCUUAAAAGAAGAGAGGACGCAAUAGCGCGAACUGGGGUUGUCAUUGAAGAGAAGAAUUGGCCGGAGUUUUUCCCCAUAAUUCAUCAUGACAUUCCAAAUGAGACUCCAAUUCAUCUACAGAACCAAUACGUCGCAUUCACCACAUUGUUAGGUUUAGUAGGAUGCCUCUUGUGGAAUAUUGUGGCAGUAACUGUAGCUUGGAUCAACGGAGGAGGUCCCACUAUAUGGCUCCUCUCUAUCAUCUAUUUCAUUGCUGGGGUACCUGGAGCUUAUGUCUUAUGGUACCGUCCUCUUUACCGAGCUACCAGAACUGAUAGUGCCCUGAAGUUUGGAACCUUUUUCUUGUUUUACGUGUUUCACAUCGCGUUCUGCGGCUUUGCUGCAGUUGCUCCACCAGUCAUCUUCCAAGGAAAGUCCCUCACAGGUUUCUUGCCAGCAAUCGAGCUUCUAACUACUAAUGCUGCAGUAGGGAUAAUGUACUUCAUUGGUGCUGGGUUCUUCUGCAUCGAAACACUUCUCAAUAUCUGGGUCAUUCAGCAAGUAUAUGCAUACUUCCGAGGGAGUGGCAAAGCUGCAGAGAUGAAGCGUGAAGCUACAAAAUCGACCUUGAUGCGUGCACUAUGAAGCAAACACUCUUUACCAGAAGAUGUAUCAAUGGCGGCUUGAGGUUAAAAUCUUCAAUCAUCCACAAAACAUUUGACACAACCCUUUUCUCUGCAAAGUCUAGGCUGGCAACUGUUUUUUUUGUUUGAAUUACUUUGUAAAGACAAAUCGCUUACAUGGAGACCUCAAGCAAAAUUGUGUGGUUUAAUGUUGCCAAAACCAAUUUCUUCAUGAAUACUAGAGCAAGGUCCCUAUAGGGAUACAAAUCUU